AUAUUUACAUAUCAAAUGACAUCUUCUUCUCGAGCCUUCCUUAAAUUCUUCAAUCCCAAAAUUUCUCCAAAAAGAAUCUCACAUAUUGGCCACUCUAACCUCAUACAUCUUACACCUAAGAAGCGGCCUACUUCUAGAAAAUGCGGCAUUGCCCAAGAUCUUAGCUUGCUUUCCAGUUCCAGUACUCCAAUAGAACUGAUUAGCUAUGAAACUAAGCAUACUAAAACUAUGGAUGACAUUUUUGUCCAACAUUCUCAGAAGUUGGAGUUAUUCAGGCAUGUACUGAGAAAUGUAGCAGAUCUAGAAGCCCUUGAAGGUUUGAAUAUGAUCGAUGCUGCUCAACGGCUAGGUAUCGAUUACCACUUUCAACAAGAAAUCGACGAAAUUCUGCACAAACAGAUGAAUAGUAUAUAUGUUCAUGGUGACCUUCAUGAGGUUGCACUUCGCUUUCGACUACUGAGACAACAGGGUUACUUUGUGCCUGAUGAUGUGUUUAACAACUUCAAGGAAAGCAAUGGGAUGUUCAAGAAAGCUUUGGGUGAAGACAUCAAGGGAUUGAUGAGCUUAUAUGAAGCUUCACAUCUAGGUACAGAAGGAGAAGAUACACUUGUUGAAGCUGGAAAAUAUAGUGCCCAUCUGCUAAAGACCUCUUUGCCACAUCUUGAUCAUCAUCAAGCCAAAAUUGUGGGCAAUACAUUGGGGAAUCCUCAUCACAAAAGCUUGGCCUCAUUCAUGGCUAGGAACUUUUUUGUUACUUCUCAAGGAACCAAUACAUGGUCAAAUUUACUAAAAGAAGUAGCAAAAACAGAUUUAAGUAUGGUCCAGUCUCUGUACCAUAAUGAAAUUGUUCAAAUCUCCAAAUGGUGGAAGGAGCUAGGAUUGGCUAAGGAACUGAAGUUUGCAAGAGACCAACCACUAAAAUGGUACAUUUGGUCCAUGGCAUGCCAAGCAGAUCCAAAGUUAUCAGAGGAGAGGGUUGAGCUCACAAAACCCAUCUCAUUUAUCUAUUUGAUAGAUGACAUUUUUGAUGUUUAUGGAACCCUUCAUGAACUCAUUCUCUUCACAGAAGCUGUUAAUAGAUGGGAUAUUGCUGCUAUAGACCAUUUACCAGACUACAUGAAGAUAUGCUUCAAGGCUCUCUAUGAUAUGACUAAUGAAAUCAGCUGCAAGGUCUAUAAGAAGCAUGGAUGGAACCCCUUGCAAUCUUUGAAAAAGACGUGGGCAAGUCUUUGCAAUGCAUUUUUGGUGGAAGCAAAAUGGUUCGCAUCUGGACAGCUGCCAAAGUCAGAAGAGUACUUGAAGAAUGGCAUUGUUUCUUCUGGGGUAAAUGUGGUUCUUGUCCACAUUUUUUUUCUCUUGGGUCAAAAUAUAACCAAACAGAGUGUGGAGUUGUUGAAUGACACUCCAACUAUUAUAUCGUCCACAGCAGCAAUUCUUCGACUUUGGGACGACUUGGGAAGUGCAAAGGAUGAGAACCAGGAUGGGAAGGAUGGAUCGUAUGUAAGGUGCUACUUAGAGGAACAUCAAGGCUGUUCCAUUGAUGAGGCGCGAGAAAAGACUGUUAAUAUGAUUUCAGACGAAUGGAAGAAACUGAAUAGAGAAUUGCUCUCUCCUAAUCCAUUUCCAGCAACAUUCACUUCGGCUUCCCUUAAUCUCGCAAGAAUGGUCCCCCUGAUGUAUAGCUAUGAUGGCAAUCAAUGCCUUCCAUCACUUAAAGAGUAUAUGAAAUCAAUGUUGUAUGAGACUGUAUCAAUGUAAUAAGAAUAACAGAAUUGGAUUUAAACCUCAAAGGUUGUCAAGACCAACAAGAUAAGUUGCAUUACAAUUUUAUGUUCGAGACAAUUUCAGUAGUAAACUGAAUAAGAAUAAACAUUGUCUA